AUGAACGCGAUUGACCAGCCGAUCGACCAUUUUGCGCAGCACUCGGCCAACUUCUCGCAGAAAUACCUGGUCGACUCGCAGUACUACCGGCCACCCGGCCCGAUCCUGCUGUACCUGGCUGGUGAGCGGGCGAUCUCGUCAGCCGACCUGGAGACCACGGGGCUGGUGGAUCUGGCGCAGGCCACGCACGCGAUGAUCGUGGUGCUUGAGUCGCGGUUCUUUGGCGAGUCGGUGCCAAACGCCGACAUGGAGUUCCUGUCUGUGGAGCAGAUGCUGGCCGACGUGCGGCGGUUCGUGCAGCACUCGGACUAUAGCAGCCCGGAGGCGCACUGGGUGGUGAUUGGCGCGUCGUUUGCCGGCAGCCUGGCGGCGUGGACAAAGUUCCAGUACCCGGAAUUGAACCUAGGCGUGAUCGCGUCCAGCGCACCGAUGGUGGUCAAGGACGCAUACUGGGAAUUUGACCGUGCGGUGGCCGAGCGCCUGCCUUGUGCUGCGCAGCUGGCCACGGCAGUGGAAGAGGUAGACCGGAUCCUGGACUCCCGAAACCGCACGCGCAUCAUGCAGCUGAAGCGGCUGUUUGGGCUGGCUCAGCUGCGCGACGACGCCGAGUUUGCC